CCUCCCUUGGUAAGAUGGCGGCGCCCAGCUGUACUGCGUCUGGCGCCUGGGUCCGGGGUACCGGCCCGCGUUUGGGGAGUCUUUUCACUCUCGUCUCUAAGCCAUUUUGUUCCACCGCUGCUGCUACUAGACCUCUGAAUGCCCAGAGACUAGCGGAGAGGCUCCGAGCCCAGAAACGGGAACAAGAGAAGAAAAAGCCGGAACCAACAAACCGUAUUCAACGGAGAGUGCAAGAACUCAUGCGGUUCACACGGCAGCUGCAGCGAGUUCACCCUAACGUCCUUGCAAAGGCACUGAGCCGAGGGAUUCUCCACCAGGACGAGGACCUUGUGGUCAUCAAUAAGCCCUACGGUCUUCCUGUCCAUGGUGGCCCUGGGGUCCAGCUCUGCAUCAGUGAUGUGCUGCCUAUCCUGGCAAAGAUGCUUCAUGGCCACAAGGCAGAGCCCUUACAUCUGUGCCACCGGCUAGACAAGGAAACCACAGGCGUAAUGGUGUUGGCUUGGGAGAAAGAUGUGGCACAUCAAGUCCAAGAGUUGUUUAGAACCCGUCAGGUGGCAAAGAAGUACUGGGCCAUCACUGUGCAUGUCCCCGUGCCCUCGGCAGGAGUCGUGGAUAUUCCCAUCAUUGAGAAGGAGGUGCAAGGCCAGCAGCAACACCACAAGAUGACGCUGUCCCCAAGCUACCGCAUGAACAGUGGUAAGAUGGUCAAAGUACGGACCAACCGGAAUGCCCACAUUGCCAUGACACAGUACCAGGUGCUCAGCAGCACUCUGUCCUCUGCCCUCGUGGAGCUCCAGCCUGUAACUGGAGUGAAACAUCAACUUCGAGUUCACCUGUCUUUUGGAUUGGAUUGCCCAGUCCUUGGUGAUCACAAGUACUCAGACUGGAAUAGAUUGGCCCCUCAGAAGCUUCCUGUUGGCAUUCUGAAGAAGUUGGGGCUGGAACAGUCAAAGGCCCGCCACAUCCCCCUUCAUCUGCAUGCCCGGCAGUUGGUGCUGCCUGCCCUGGGGUCCAGGAAGGAGGAACUCCAUUUGGUCUGUAGGCUUCCUCACUUCUUUGCACGUUCUCUGCGUCGUCUGGGUUUAGAGAUUCCAAAUCAAGAUCAAAUUGGGGACAAUGAAGCCAGGCAUCUGAGAGCACAGUGAAGACUGUUUGGCCCCUGAACUCUGCUUUGUUUCGUGGACUGUUGUAACUUCUCACUUGGAACAGACUCCAGAAGAGCCUGGUGGCAUAAAUUGAAGAAACUCAGCUGUGUCAGGGCUUUUAAUGGAGAAUAAAAUCUAUUCACUGAGAGCUUGAGCGUUCUAUGAAAAAGCCUGCUGGAAAUCUCCCCACCACAGGGUCUCCUUGCCAAGAUGCAAGAGAGCCCAGGACCAGGGCGAUUGGUACAGUAAUGGAAAAAAGGAGAACUAAAGGACAAAAUCUAUGGUCAGGAAUUGUUUUCAUCCCACAUCUUGAGCUAUCAGGGAGAUUCUUGUCAUUGUAAAGAACAUAAUGGUUAAACACAUUUACGGAAUCCAGAAUUCUUUCUGGCUAUCAAUGAAGUCCUCACUGUACUAGUGAUUAUGGAAUCCAGGAAGGGAGUGUUCAGGGUCUGGAUGGGGUGGGCUUUUGAUAAGAAAGCAGGUGUAAAUGGCAGGCAGCUAACAAAUGAGUGAAGCUGCCAGGAUGUAAGGCAGUGGUGGGGACAAACCUAGGAGUUUCGUUUUUUGAUACUAGGGAUUGAAACCAGCGGCGAUUAAGCACUGAGCCACACCC